GUUCGAUUGACCCGGCCUGGCAGGUCCGGGGAGUCCUGGCGGCUGUUAACGCGCGCUUUAGGAAGAGGAAGGUUAAGGCGGAGUACUUGGGCUGGGAUUCAGCUCUGCCGCUCUUUCCAGCCGGUCUUGGGACUCCCAAACUAGGGUCUUCUACUUGUCCUGCCUGGAUCCCUGUUCGGCCUCCUUCAGUCCCCCAUCCGCACUCCGACCUGGGAAAUCCCCUUCUCCGGACUCGCCCUCCCCAGGCCUCGGAUUUUCACUCCAGCCUCUCUCCUACCUGUGAUUACCCUUUCCCCUCGCAGCUACUCUUUGCUUUUACGUCCACCUGGGGCCAUUAUCUCGACUCCACUCUGCCCACUCUGGCACUCUACCUGCCUCUUCCCCCGUCCCAGACCUCUACUCAUUUCUGCUUGGAUACUUCUUUUUUGGCUCUGCUCUUCUGCUUCGGCUAACUGGCGACCUACACUCACAGUUUGGACCCAGACCUCAGCCCCGGCUGGAUUCCCUCCAUCCAUGCUCCUUCUUUAAUUAGCCCAUGCUCUCAAUAAUGUAGCAAGCAGCCUGCUCUUUAUUAGGCUGGUUCCACGUUUUCAGCUGUUGGCUGAUGGGUACUUGACGUUUUAUAUUCCUGGGCCCAGGAUGAGGAGGAGCCUUGCACCCAGCCAGCUGGCCAAGAGAAAACCGGAAGGCAGACCCUCUGAUGAAGAAGACUGGCAGCCUGGAGCAGUGACACCUAAGAAACGGAAAUCCAGCAGUGAGACCCAGAGCCAGGAGUCUUUCUUGUCUCCUUUUCGGAAACCUUUGACUCACCUAACAAAUCAGCCACCGUGUCUGGACAGCAGUCAACAUGAAGCAUUUAUUCGAAGCAUUUUGUCAAAGCCUUUCAAAAUCCCCAUUCCAAAUUAUCAAGGUCCUCUGGGCUCUCGGGCAUUGGGCCUCAAAAGGGCUGGAGUCCGCCGGGCCCUCCAUGACCCCCUGGAAGAAGGUGCACUGGUUCUGUACGAGCCUCCCCCACUGAGUGCCCAUGACCAGCUGAAGCUUGACAAAGAAAAACUCCCUGUCCAUGUGGUUGUUGAUCCUGUUCUCAGUAAGGUCUUGAGGCCUCAUCAGAGAGAGGGAGUGAAGUUCCUGUGGGAGUGUGUCACCAGUCGGCGCAUCCCUGGUAGCCAUGGUUGUAUCAUGGCUGAUGAGAUGGGCCUUGGCAAGACGCUGCAGUGCAUCACAUUGAUGUGGACACUUUUGCGCCAGAGUCCAGAGUGCAAGCCAGAAAUUGACAAGGCAGUGGUGGUGUCGCCCUCCAGCCUAGUGAAGAACUGGUACAAUGAAGUUGGGAAAUGGCUUGGAGGGAGGAUCCAACCUCUGGCCAUCGACGGAGGCUCUAAGGAUGAGAUUGACCAAAAGCUGGAAGGAUUCAUGAACCAGCGUGGAGCCAGAGUGCCUUCUCCCAUCCUCAUCAUUUCCUAUGAGACUUUCCGCCUUCAUGUUGGAGUCCUCCAGAAAGGGAGUGUUGGACUGGUUAUAUGUGAUGAGGGACACAGGCUCAAGAAUUCUGAGAAUCAGACCUACCAGGCCCUGGACAGCUUGAACACCAGCCGGCGGGUGCUCAUCUCUGGGACCCCCAUCCAGAAUGAUCUCCUUGAGUAUUUCAGCUUGGUACAUUUUGUUAAUUCAGGCAUCCUGGGAACUGCCCAUGAAUUCAAGAAGCAUUUUGAGUUGCCAAUUUUGAAGGGUCGAGACGCAGCUGCUAGUGAGGAAGACAGGCAGCUAGGAGAGGAGCGACUGCGGGAGCUCACCAGCAUCGUGAACAGGUGCCUGAUACGGAGGACAUCAGAUAUCCUUUCUAAAUACCUGCCUGUGAAGAUCGAACAGGUGGUUUGUUGUAGGCUGACACACCUUCAAACUGAAUUAUACAAGAAGUUUUUGAGACAGGCCAAGCCAGCAGAAGAGUUGCGUGAGGGCAAGAUGAGUGUGUCUUCCCUUUCUUCCAUCACCUCCUUAAAGAAACUAUGUAAUCAUCCAGCUCUGAUCUAUGACAAGUGUGUGGAAGAGGAGGCUGGCUUUGAAGGUGCCUUGGACGUAUUUCCUCCUGAUUAUAGCUCCAAGGCUCUAGAGCCUCAGCUGUCAGGUAAGAUGCUGGUCCUUGAUUACAUUCUGGCGGUGACCCGAAGCCGCAGCAGUGACAAAGUAGUGCUGGUGUCCAAUUACACUCAGACACUGGACCUCUUUGAGAAGCUCUGCCGGGCCCGAAGGUACAGAUGUGUGAGAGAGAAGUGUUGACUAGGCUCAGUAAGACUUAGUUCAGGCUCUAAGAGGUUCUUUUUCUCCUUCCUCUCUUUCCAGAGCCCUGACUUUGUCUUCAUGCUGAGCAGCAAAGCUGGGGGCUGUGGCCUCAAUCUCAUUGGGGCUAACCGAUUGGUCAUGUUUGACCCUGACUGGAAUCCGGCCAAUGAUGAACAAGCCAUGGCCCGGGUCUGGCGUGAUGGUCAAAAGAAGACCUGCUACAUCUAUCGCCUUCUGUCUGCAGGAACCAUUGAGGAGAAGAUCUUUCAGCGUCAGAGCCACAAGAAGGCACUGAGCAGCUGUGUGGUGGAUGAGGAGCAGGAUGUGGAGCGGCACUUCUCUCUAGGCGAGUUGAAGGAGCUCUUUAUCCUGGAUGAAGCUAGCCUCAGUGACACACAUGACAGGUUGCGCUGCCGCCGCUGUGUCAACAACUACCAGGUGUGGCCGCCCCCUGAUGGUUCUGACUGCACCUCAGACCUGGCUCAGUGGAACCAUAGCACUGAUAAGCGGGGGCUCAAGGAUGAGAUACUCCAGGCUGCGUGGGAUGCUGCCUCUACUGCCAUCACCUUCGUCUUCCACCAGCGUUCCCAUGAGGAGCAGCGGGGCCUCCGGUGAUAACCAGCUGGUCUGGGGUGCGGCUGUUA